AUGCAAGCGUUGCAUGCCGAGCGCGAGAACUCGAGGCCUUUGGCGCCCAGAUAUGUGGCUGGGGAGGGCGAAUUCCCCAGCAGCAGCAAUGAGCAACACGGAGACGAGGAGGCCCCUGAGAUACAGCUCCUCCUGGCAGCCUGCGGGGUCGGACUGGCAGCCGGCGCCAGCAUUGUUGGCUUCAACCUGUGCAUCCACGCCGUGCAGAGCCUGAUCAGCCACGAGUUCCUGGGCAACGCGGAGCCCUGGAUUCUUUUAGUUUUGCCCCCCGCUCUGGGUGGUGUCGCGGUGGGGCUGCUGGGCAUCGCAGUGGGGGGGUACGAUGACCCCCCCACGCCGGGGUCAAAGGAGGCUCUUCCCGGGCCCCAAGGGGAGCCAGAGGAGCAGGCAGCAAGUGUUCGGGCUGACGUCUUCCAGGCCAUGGGGCGCACGUUGGCUCGUUCGGCGGGCGCCAUCCUGACCCUUGGCAGCGGCGCCUCGCUGGGCCCUGAAGGCCCCAGCGUGGACAUCGGCCAGGCCUGGGCCAAGGGCGCGCGUCUGCUCGUCCCCGGCGCCGGGGCGGGGGGCCUGCACGCGCUGCUGGCCGCGGGGGCGGGGGCGGGCGUGGCCGCGGGCUUCAACGCCCCCCUCUCCGGCGUGCUCUUCGCGCUGGAGAGCGUGCUGCAGCCAGGCCAGGGCGAGCAGAAAGCGCGCCCGGCGCCCAGCCUGACCCUGGCCAUGGUGCUGCUGGCAGCCGCGCUGGCGGCAGCCGUGUCUCAGGCGGGGCUGGGCUCCUCCCCGGCCUUCCGAGUGCCGGCCUACCGACUGGAGUCGUACGCCGAGCUGCCCCUCUUCCUCGCGCUGGGCACGCUGUGCGGCCUGGUGGCCACCUCCUUCACGUACUCCGUCGGCGUGGCAGAGGACGCUUUCAAGGACCUGACGCCGGGGGGGCAGGGGGAGGGCGACCCCAGCGGCGACGCAGACGGCGGCCGCCAAUCCAUCGGGGCCUGCGCCUGGCGUGCCCUCAUGCCGGCGGUCGGCGGCCUCACGACGGGGGUGCUGAGCUUGGGCCACCCCGAGAUCCUGUACCACGGCUUCGACAACGUGAACGCCAUCCUCUCCGUCUCCAGCCGCCUGUCGGCCUGGGACCUGUCGGAGCUGGUGGUGCUCAAGAUCAUCGCCACCUCCAUGAGCCGCGGCAGUGGUCUGCAGGGCGGGCUGUACGCGCCCUCCAUCUUCAUCGGCGCGGCGCUGGGCUCGGCCUACGGCCUGGCGCUGCAGGGCACGCUGGGCACGCUGGGCGUCCCGCUGUCAGCGCCCGAGGCCUACGCGCUGGUGGGCGUGGCGGCGGUGCUGGCCUCCGCCUGCGGCGUCCCGCUCACCGCCGCGCUGCUGGUCUUCGAGCUGACGCGUGAUUACCUCAUCCUGCUGCCCACGCUGGGCGCGGUGGGGCUCAGCUUCUGGGCGGGGCCGCCGGCGCUGGCCACCCUGGACCUGGAGGCCCUGACCGCCGCCGGCGGCAGCGAGGAGCACGGACCGCCGGGCGCCGUGCCGGACGUGGCCACGGCCGCCGCGCUGUCCAGCCAGGCGCUGACGGUGGCCUGCGCCGCGGACGGCGGCUGCCUGCUGCUCGCGGCGGGUACCCCUGUGCCGGAGGCCGUGGCAGCCAUGCGCCGGGGCGGGCACGCCGUGUCGGUGGUGGUGGGGCCCGGCGGCGAGGUGGUGGGCGUGGUGAGUCUGGUCACCCUGGAGCGCCUGCUGCUCGCCGAGGCGGCGACCGCAGGCGGGGAGGAGGCACAGUGA